UAGGUAUGUUAACAGGAGAGUCAAACUGUCCGUUUAAAACUCCUUAACCUGUGACAGGUGAUAUAAACACAGCUAAAUAUCGAUCCGGUAACCAAGUGUGUAUUGCGAUGUAAACAUCCGGUCCCAGAGCAGAUCUGUCACCAUGUACCGGCCAGAGUAUGGGACGAGCGCUGGAACCAAUGUCCGUCUGAGGGGACCAUACAAUUCCACGCCUGUCAACAACUAUCUCGCGGGGGACGGGAAAUCUCACGUGUACAUGGGCCCCGCCUACUACGUCCCCUCAGAAAACAGAUGGAUCAAGUUCCACGAGUAUCGCUCCCUUCCCCGGGAAACAAGGCGAGACGCCAUACUGAUGGAGUCUGAAGAGCAGUGGGUGGCCUACCAGAGAAAGAGGGACAAGGCAACUCAGCCCGGGGGAAUAACGAUGUCUGGUAAACCAGAGGCUUACACAGGAGUUCCUGUUCCAACACUACUUCCUUGGCGGGAAAAUGCCUGGACUAAGAACUGGUCAGGGUCGGGCUACUUCCUGCCCUCGGGAAACAAAUGGUUCCACGAUCAGGACUCCCCCGCCAUUCCUAGGGAAUCCCUGAUGUUUUAUAACGAGGAAGACUGGAUCAAAUUCAAAUACAUGACAGAGAACCAAUCAAUGGCGCUCAAGUGAUCACGUGACCAAGUGUUGGUUAUGGGUUGAUAAUUACAAAUUGUUACAUAUAUAUAUAUCAAAUACUGUUAAAUGUCUGUUAUAUUUAUAAUGUUUCUAGAUAAUUCAUCUAGCUUUGCAUAAUAAAUAAAGUUGACCUACA